AUUGCCAUUGUUGAGAGACGCAACAACCUGCUUCAGGCUGAAGUUGAGGAGCUCAGGGCUGCUCUGGAGCAAAAUGAGAGAAGCCGCAAGCUUGCUGAGCAAGAGCUGCUGGACGUUAGUGAGAGGGUGCAGCUACUGCACUCACAGAAUACCAGCCUGCUAAACCAUAAGAAGAAGCUGGAGGCCGAUAUGUCCCAGCUUCAGACAGAAGUGGAAGAUGCAGUGCAGGAAUGUAGAAAUGCUGAGGAAAAGGCCAAGAAGGCCAUUACUGACGCUGCCAUGAUGGCAGAGGAGCUGAAGAAAGAGCAGGAC